UGAUAGUAAGAUACAGAGCUUAUUUAUCACUCAAAAGAGAAAAAUGGAAAUUGAACAGUUAAUUGGAAGGCAGAGGAAACAGCUGUGCAGAGAAUGUUUUGGCUUUGAGCAGUCUGGGAAAUGACGUUCUGUAGCAUUUGCUGUUCUAGAAAGAGCGGAGACACGUAGUAUAAAUGGGAGGGCUCUGGAGAGGGCUGUCUCUCUACCAGUGUGUAUAUUUAUCUAUAAAUGAGCAACAGGGAAGGGAAUCAAAUAAGGCACUCGGAAUGGGAAAAGAUUAUUAUUCAAUUUUGGGAAUUGAAAAGGGGGCUUCUGAAGAAGAUAUCAAAAAGGCUUACAGAAAACAAGCCCUUAAAUGGCAUCCAGAUAAGAACAAAUCCCCCCACGCAGAGGAAAAAUUCAAAGAGGUUGCAGAAGCCUAUGAAGUGCUGAGUGAUCCCAAAAAGAGAGACAUUUAUGAUCAGUUUGGGGAGGAAGGGUUGAAAGGAGGAGCUGGAGGACCCGAUGGACAGGGUGGCACCUUUCGAUACUCUUUCCAUGGUGAUCCACAUGCCACAUUUGCAGCAUUUUUUGGUGGCACAAAUCCUUUUGAGAUCUUCUUUGGGAGAAGAAUGCCUGGUGGCAGAGACACUGAAGACAUGGAAGUGGAUGGAGAUCCUUUUGGAUCCUUCACUAGUUUUAGCAUGAAUGGAUUUCCAAGAGAGAGGAAUACAGUUGGUAGCCAGCCUCGUCGUAAACAAGAUCCCCCGAUUAUCCAUGAACUUAAAGUAUCAUUGGAAGAGAUAUAUCAUGGCUGCACAAAAAGGAUGCGAAUUUCCCGAAAAAGGCUGAACCCAGAUGGCAGAAGUGUCCGAACAGAGGACAAAAUCCUCACCAUUGAGAUCAAGAGAGGGUGGAAAGAAGGCACCAAAAUCACUUUCCCAAAAGAAGGUGAUGAAACACCCAACACUAUCCCAGCCGAUAUUGUUUUUGUCAUUAAAGACAAAAGUCACUCGCUCUUCAAGAGAGAUGGUUCAAAUAUUAUCUAUCCUGUUAAAAUCAGUUUGCGGGAGGCUUUAUGUGGCAGCUCGGUCACCGUGCCAACAAUAGAAGGAAGAACCAUACCUAUGACAAUAAAUGAGGUUGUAAAGCCUGGGAUGAGGAGAAGAAUUAUAGGAUAUGGGUUGCCAUUUCCCAAAAAUCCUGACCAACGUGGCGACUUAAUUAUAGAAUUUGAAGUAAAUUUCCCAGACAAUAUACCUCCAGCAUCAAAAGAAGUACUUAGGAGAAAUCUUCCUGUUUCAUAAAGGAAUGGACUGUAUUGACACUGUUUCAGCAGGACACUGAAAAUGCAGAAGACUGGCAAAUUCAUGCUGUAAAAGUGCAAUCUAUAUCCAUUUGUGGAAUAUUCAUUUUCUUUUUGUGGGGUGGAGGGAGAGAAUACGGUAAUGCUGCAUGAGAAGAGAAUGGUUAAAUACAAGUCACACGGGUGACUCUUGCAGUAAAACAUACAGGGAAAACCACUCACUGUAUCUUACUUUAGAUCUUCCUAAUCAGAGAGUUUAUUCAGUAUUUUGCUUACCUGUAAAAUGUAAUCAUUUUGCAAAAACUCAAUGCACAUAUUUCUAAUAAAGUACUUGAGCAUCCAAGUACUUUAUUUCAUGUAUCUCUAGAUUAUCUAUGUGAUGCUACCCACUAAUAUCAGAAAUCAGAAUUCAUAGUAGAAAUACGCUCAUGUAAUAUCCAGAUAUUUAAAGAGACUAAAGCAUUAACUGACACCAUUUAGAUAUGAAGGCCCACAUGCUACCUUCCAUUUCACAAAGCAAAGGCUAGCUAAAUCUGUUUGUAGAGCUUCUGAACCCACAAAAGAGUGUCAGCCUGCUCCCAGCUGCCCCAGAUUUUGUGAGGACUGCCCUGAAGCAUUAGGGGAGAACACAUGGCUCUGGGGAAAGGAGUACAGGUGUAGCCACUCUGUGACAUGCUCCCUUCAGAAAUCCACCUGGGGAAUACUACUAAUUGGUGGUAACACCCAUUCCCUAGGGAUGGAUUUCAGGACAACAUGGUAUUUUGGCUCCAGAAGGAGCCAUGCUGUCAUGGCUACCCAUGGUUGCCCAUGGAACGGUGUAAAUAAAGGCGCUUGGCUUACUCACACAUUUCAAGAUCAUGCAUAUCUCAGGACAUCUGUAGAGUUCAAGGGCUGAACCAUCUACCACUUCCAUAAGAGAGAAGGGACAAAACCCAGCUCCCAGCUAAAGGAUUCUGAGGAAACUUUUUGGGCCUGAUCCGAAGCUCAUUUAAGCCGGUGGAAGUCUUUCCGUCAAUUCAGUGAGCUUGGAUAAGUUCCUUUGUGAAUAGAAACAUGAGUUACCUAGCCCUUAAGGUGAAAAAACAUACGCAGGGGAAGGGGAGAGCCCUCAGUAAUUGAGUCUAGUAUUAUAACAUGCUAUAGGGCUGGUUCCCUUGGUUGCAGUAUGGUUUUGGUCAUAUAAUUGCCUUGCAGACUUACUUU